CUGGACUUGUAAGGAACAAUAUUAGAGACUAUGAAAAAUAUAACUAUGUUUUCUGAUGUAACCGACUACUGGAGUGAUAAUGAUUAUGUCCAGUUAAUCGAUAUAUCUAACAAGAAAAGUAUCACCGAACUCGCUAAUAUGAUUCCAUGUGAUAAUACUAUUCCUUUCUUUGGAGUAGAGUUUGCCUAUAACCGUAAAAUUAGAUUCUUCGAUAAAAACACGUUGCAGGAAUUCAAUUGCCCAAAUCCGUGGUGGCUCUUUGAAAUAGUUAAUAUAGACGAAGAUAAUUAUAAGUUAAUAAGAGACACAUCCAAGUGCGUGUCUGUAGGGGGGAUUCCAAAUAAAGGGAGUGAUGUACUUGUAGUCACAUACAAGAGAAGUCUAGAAGAUGACUCUGUUAAAGAUGUUAUAGAAGAAACUCAAUGGGUCCUUGUUAUGGAAGAUGGUUCUGAUCAAGUCGAGGGAGGACUUAAUGUUAUUAGAAAACUUGGACAUAUGUCUACAGGUACUGAUCUGUUUGUUAUUGCCAACGGAGAUGAUGAUUAUUGGAUAGUAGAUGCAAGUCUUAUGCCAGGAGAACCAGAAGGUUGCAAGGUUAAGGUUAGUCAGUACAAUGCCAAAUAUGCUGUAAUUAUAUGCGGCCCAUUUGAGAUAUCUUUUGAUCUAGCUGUAAAAAACUUGCGUAGAUACAAUAGCGUGGGAUUUGAUUGAAAUAUUUUUAAUAAUAAAGAUGUAAAUAAUUUAUAACUAACAGACAUUCUACGAAAUACCUAAUACGAAAUAUCUAUAACAGUUAUGUUUUGUUUAGUCUUGAAAGUAAUAUUACCAGUUUGAAUUGAAGAAACACAAAUUAUGGUAUUAAUCAUAAUAGUGAAU